AUGUCGUUUAAUAGAGUUGAGGAAGAAUCGUUUAGCACAACUUUUGAUAUUGGAUCAUUGCCUAAACACUAUGAAUUUAAUGAAUUUAUAUCAGAUGAAGAUACAGAAUCAGACAGAGAUGAUUUACCACGACUUGUACUUAUGGGCUUAAGAGGGAGUGGAAAAACUUCCAUACAGAAAGUGGUUUUUCAAAAAAUGUCGCCGAAUGAGACCUUAUUUAUUGGAAGUAAUAAUUCAAUGCUAAAAGAUGUUGUUAAUAAUUCAGCAUUUGUGAAUUUCCAAAUUUGUGACUUUCCUGGUCACUUUGACUUUACUGAUUCUGAAUAUGAUGUACAAUCUAUACUUCAAGGAUGUCAAUCACUUGUAUUUGUGAUUGAUGCUCAAGAUGCUAUAGCUAGUGCACUUAAUCGUUUACAUUCAGUUGUAACAAAAGCCUACAAAAUAAAUAAGAAUAUAAAGUUUGAAGUUUUUAUUCAUAAAGUAGAUGGACUCACAGAAGAUACUAAAAUGGAAACUCAAAGAGAAAUCCACCAAAGAGCUAAUGAUGAUCUUGUAGAUUCAGGAGAUGAACAAAAAAUAAACAUUAGUUUCCAUUUGACGUCAAUUUAUGAUCAUAGCAUAUUUGAAGCAUUUAGUAGAGUUGUGCAAAAAAUGAUUCCUCAUUAUGCAACUCUUGAAAAUUUUCUGAACAUCAUUAUAUCAACAUCUGGAAUUGAAAAAGCCUUUUUAUAUGAUGUGAAAACUAAAAUAUAUGUAGCAACUGAUUCAUCACCGGUCGAUAUUCAAAGUUAUGAACUUUGUUGUGAUAUGAUUGAUGUUGUUAUAGACUUAUCAAAUAUUUAUGGAUUGGGUGAAAAUCCAGGAUUAAUGAAUGAUCCAGCUUUCGAUGAUCAAAGUUCAAGUCUAAUUAAACUAAACAAUGGUACAAUUUUAUAUUUAAGAGAGGUAUGCAGUUUUUUGGCUCUUGUAUGCAUACUAAGAGAAGAUAACUUUGAAAAACAAAGAAUUAUAGAUUAUAAUUUUGUGAUUUUACGAAAAGGUAUACAUAAACUUUUUGAAUUAAAAGAUAAAGAAAAAGAAAGUAUUGAACCUAGAAAGACACCAUCAUAUAAGUAA